GAGCCGCAGUGGCCUGGAGGAGGGCAAUGGUGAGGCCCUCCUGGGCCAAUUGGUGCCGUGGCGGCCUGGAGGAGGGCAAUGGGAAGGGAAGGGAGUUCUCACCUUGCCCAGAAAGGACAGUAUUAGAAGCAGUGGGGUUCAAUGAUCGGUAAGCAGCGUUUUGGAUAAACAUUUGUAACGCAGAGCUUCCUGGACUUAACAUGGCCUCAAAACUGCAUCAAAAAAUUCCUUCUGAAGACCUGUGUAAGAAGAUGUCUGUGGUUCUGGGUAGUCCUCUAGGAAGAAUUGAGAUUCUGGGGUGCAAGGUGGGAGUGCAUGAAAUACACAUUCAACAAGAUGCCAUGCCUCUGUCUGGAGCCCUUCCCAUGGCGCACACCAAUUUCCGACUGGGCUCCAUGGUGAAAGAGAAGAGGAUGCAGCACACAGUGACACUCCCCCCCGCAUGGAAUGGAGGGUUGGGUAUUACAGAGACUUUGGUGUCUUGCGAGGUAGUCGGAGCCAUAGAAGAAAUGACAGAGCCACUGAAACAGUGCACAGCUUGGCUUCAGGCGUACUUCUGUGAGCCAUGGAUGAUAGAGAAGCUUCCAAUACCUCCUUUCCACCAUCCACUUUUUGAGCACGCUUCAUUCACCAGAGAAGUGUUGUGGACCUUGUUGAGAGAUGUGAAAUUUGGAGAGGCCGUUUCUUACAAGCAAUUAGCAGACCUGGCAGGCAACAGCAAAGCUGCCAGAGCAGUGGGAGGAGCAAUGAGAAGAAAUCCUGUCCCGAUUAUCAUACCGUGCCACCGAGUGAUUUGCAGCGGUGGACAGACUGGCAACUACACGGGAGGAAGUCAUCUGAAAGAGUGGCUUUUGUCACAUGAGAAGCUUCAGAAGGAAAAGUUAGCAUAUUGAUGCAGUUCAGACACAGCUGUUAUACAGCCAAAACACAUAACCAAAGAUCCUUGGCUUAUAACAAGCUUUCAGAACGCACAGUAGAAUUCAGGAAAAUGGUAAAUAUUUGAGUGACAUAUAAAUAUAAUACAACAUCCGAA